UCUGCUGUCAUUUUAUCGGCCGCUGUCACAUAAUCACUCUCCACACACAUUUGGACUGCAAAUUGUUUUUAUAUAGUUUUUGAAUUAUUUCUAAGUAAAUUGCGAGGUGGAACUGUUAACAGGAUGUUAGCUCGCGCUAUCCGAGUGCGUCCUAUGGUGCGGGGCAUCGCCUCGACGUCGGUGUGGUCCGUAAACCGGCCAUCUCCCAGCUCCCUGAUCCAUCUCUACCGGAAUCGGGCGACGCACUUGCAGCGCUUUCACGGAGCCAGUAUGAUGGUGAAGCGCUUCUACGCCCGAAAGCGCGAUGACUCCGAGGAAGAUUUGAUGGAGGAGGGACAGGGCAUAGAACUAAUGGCCGAGCGGAACUCGCAGCUGCCGGCCACGCUGGUGGUUCCGGACGUAUGGCCACACGUUCCGCUACUGGCAAUGGGCAAGAAUCCGCUGUUUCCGCGCUUCAUGAAGAUUGUGGAGGUUUCCAAUCCCAUCGUCAUGGAACUGCUGCGACGCAAGGUAAAGCUAAACCAACCCUACGUGGGCGUCUUUCUCAAGAAAACCGAUGGCGAGGAGGAGCUGAUCCACAACUUGGAUGAUGUCUAUAGCAUCGGCACCUUUGCGCAAAUUCAGGAGCUGCAGGACCUGGGCGACAAGUUGCGCAUGGUGGUCGUUGCUCAUCGACGCAUUCGGAUCACAGGACAGGUCAUCGAGGAUCUGCCGACUCCCAAGCCCGUGAAAAUGACAACUUUGCAUUAUCCACUAUUUAAUAUUAAAUUAAACAUCCCAGCUGAAGAUCAAUCGACUGAUCAAGCCGAGGCAGCGCCAGCGAGGUCGCGAUACGAGUCGACCCGCAAGCCCCGUGGAAGGGUUCCAAGGCGACAGGCUGGAAAAUUAAACGAACCGGCAGCCCAGGAGGAAAUGGUUCAGAAAGAGACACAGGAGCCGCCAUUGCGGUCAGGCAAAGUCGAGCACGUGAGUGUGCCCAAGCCUCCCGUGGAAGAAAAAAAAGUGGAGGCCGAAGCCAUUGCCGAGGCUGAUGUCGAAGGAGUUGCCGCAAAAACAUCGUCGAGCCCCCUGCCAGUGCUCAUUGUGGAGGUUGAAAACGUUAAGCAACCGGUCUACAAGCAAACCGAAGAAGUCAAGGCCCUGACCCAGGAAAUAAUCAAGACUCUUCGGGAUAUUAUAACUAUGAAUCCAUUGUAUAGGGAAAGUCUCCAGCAGAUGCUACACCAGAACCAAAGAAUCGUUGACAAUCCAAUUUAUCUUUGCGACCUGGGAGCUUCCCUUUCGGCUGGCGAGCCCGCUGAGCUCCAAAAGAUCCUCGAAGAAACGGAUAUUCCAGAACGCCUGCAGCUGGCCUUGACUCUGCUGAAGAAGGAGCUGGAACUGUCGCGACUGCAGCAGAAGAUUGGUCGCGAGGUGGAAGAGAAGGUCAAGCAGCAGCAUCGUAAGUAUAUACUUCAGGAGCAGCUGAAGGUAAUCAAAAAGGAGCUGGGUAUCGAAAAAGACGACAAAGACGCCAUUGGCGAGAAGUAUCGCGAAAAACUAAAGGAUAAAACCGUUCCUGAAAGCAUAAUGACGGUUAUUGACGAGGAGCUGGCCAAGCUAAACUUCCUGGAGAGUCACAGCUCUGAGUUCAAUGUAACCCGCAACUACCUCGACUGGCUCACAUCCCUGCCCUGGGGAGUGAUCAGCACCGAAAAUCUAUGUCUGGACAAGGCCACCGAAAUCCUAAACAACGACCACUAUGGCAUGGAGGACAUCAAGAAGCGUAUUUUGGAGUUCAUUGCCGUCAGUUCCCUAAAAGGCACCACCCAAGGCAAGAUACUGUGCUUCCAUGGGCCUCCCGGCGUGGGCAAGACCAGUAUAGCCAAGUCCAUCGCUCGGGCCUUGAACCGAGAGUACUUCCGCUUCAGUGUGGGCGGAAUGACGGACGUGGCCGAGAUCAAGGGACACCGGCGUACCUAUGUGGGUGCCAUGCCAGGCAAGCUGAUUCAGUGCCUGAAGAAGACCAAGAUCGAGAAUCCUCUGGUUCUCAUCGACGAGGUGGACAAGAUUGGCAAGGGUUAUCAGGGCGAUCCCAGCUCGGCCUUGCUGGAACUCCUUGAUCCUGAACAGAACGCCAAUUUCCUGGACCACUAUCUGGACGUUCCAGUGGACUUGUCGCGAGUCCUCUUCAUCUGCACGGCCAACGUGAUCGACACCAUCCCCGAGCCGCUGAGGGAUCGCAUGGAGUUGAUUGAGAUGUCUGGAUAUGUGGCGGAGGAGAAGAUCGCUAUAGCCCGCCAGUACCUGAUGCCGCAGGCCAUGAAAGACUGCGGACUGACGGAUAAGCAGAUAAACAUCAGCGAGGACGCCUUGAACAUGCUGAUCCGCAGCUAUUGCCGGGAGUCCGGCGUUCGCAAUCUGCAAAAGCACAUCGAAAAGGUCAUUCGGAAGGUGGCCUUCCGGCUGGUCAAGAAGGAGGGCGAGCACUUCCCAGUCAACGCAGACAACUUGACGACAUUCCUGGGCAAGCAGAUCUUUAGCUCGGAUCGCAUGUACGAAACCACGCCGGUUGGCGUGGUCAUGGGUCUGGCCUGGACGGCCAUGGGAGGCUCCUCGCUCUACAUCGAGACAUCCAAGCGACACAUACGUUAUGGAGAGAAAGCGGACACGCCUGCUGCUGGUGGCACCUUGCACAUCACCGGAAAUCUGGGGGAUGUCAUGAAGGAGUCGGCCCAAAUUGCGUUGACCGUGGCGCGUAACUUUUUGCACUCGCUGGAUCCAAAGAAUCUGUUCCUGGAGAAAGAGCAUAUCCACGUCCACGUGCCCGAGGGUGCAACACCCAAAGAUGGGCCCAGCGCUGGCAUCACCCUCAUCACAGCCCUGGUGUCCCUGGCCACGGGAAAGCCAGUGCGGCAAGAUGUGGCAAUGACAGGUGAAGUGUCGCUGAAGGGAAAAGUUCUUCCCGUUGGAGGCAUCAAAGAGAAGACCAUUGCCGCCCGUCGUAGUGGUGUCAACUGCCUAAUCCUGCCCGUCGAUAACAAGAAGGACUUCGAGGAGCUGCCUUCAUAUAUUACCGAGGGGCUAGAGGUGCACUUCGCCGCCACCUACGACGAUGUCUAUAAAAUAGCCUUCUCCGAUGCCACCAAGACGACGAGCAAAACCGAAGUCGAGCACGAGCCGCUACAGCGAAAGGUCUCCAGCGCGGCCGCGGCCAAGGCAGAGGCUUGGCAUUAACUAUAGUCUUAGCUAGGGGGUUGUUCCGGGGUUCUGGUGUGCAUAUUUUUGAUAUUGACAUCAAUCGUUAUCAGGUUAAUUCGUGUAUUUAGGUCGUAGCAUUUGUUUAACAUAAUGCCAAGUAAAUUGAAUGCACUGACAAACUA